AGAUGAUAAUACUUCUGAAGACAGUAGGGGGAAAAAGCAUUCUUGGAAAAAAGAGGUUAAAAAGAGCUUUUGGAAAUAAACUGGACAUUUAAAUCAGGCAUUUUAAAGUUUAUUAGGUGAGUUACAAAAUAAAUGUGGAACAUUUCAUGACCCUUCUCCCCCCAAAAAAAAGCAAAAAAAAGAUUUAAAAAUUAGUAGGAAUAAAGAAAAUUCAAGGAUCAAGUGGAGGCAUGAUGUUUGAAUAACAAAAGUUCCAGAGAUAGAGGAGGAAGAAAAAAAUCCAAGAAACACAACAAAUUUCUCAUAAUUUAAGAGCUUCCGGGGAGGUGGAGUGGACAGGGGUGGGGUGGAGGGGGGUAGUGUUGGGAGAAAGCAAAUUAGCCAAGAUGUUGUGGUUAGGCUCUCUUACCCCAGGUUUUGUAAACAAUGACUAUGGAACAGUUGAGAUCACUUAUAGCACUACACAUGCAGUCAUGAGCUUUAUGUAACAGCUGAGAUCAUUCAUGGCACUGCACAUGCACAUCAUUCACUUGAUCAUGGGCUACUUGGUGCAGCACACCUGCAUAAGCUUCACCUGGAGAAGCCCUAAAGGUUGUGUGUGGUUAUGUUGUGUUAUGUUAUGUCUGGGGCUAAGGCUGCUAUGCCAGUCAGGAGAGAAUAAACCCAUCUGCAGUUCCUACAGCUCCUCACAUUUUCUGCCAGCCUCCUAGCUCAUGCCUUGCCUACCAUGGGUUCAGUGAGCAGUGUGCACACGGAAAUACAGUAAGACAAUCGGCAUCACAGACAGGAUCAGCAAGACAGCUGGUCAACUGAAUGAGACACAAUGGAUGAAAAAAGAUCUAUCCCAAGGAAUAUCACUGUGAAAUUUCAGAAAUUUAGGGAGGAGAAGAAUAUAAAAGCUUCCAGACAAGUCACAUACAAAGGAUCAAGAAUUAAAAUGGCACGAACAUCUCACCAGAAGCUAUAACACAAUGGAGCAGUACCUUUAAAAAAAGGAAAAAUUAUUUCCAGUGUGGAAGUUCAUAUCCACCCAAACUAUAAAUUAAGGAAGUUGACAAAUUUUUAGAGCUGAAAGCCUCAAAAGUUUAAUUCCCAUAUACCCUCUCCUAAAAUUAGGCAGAAAAAAAAAAGAUAAAAGAUCCUGGAAAAAGGAUAUCCUCUCAAAGGCAAAUGAGAUUUUCUAGCAGAUGAGUGAAAGGAGAUCCAAGAAUUAUUACAGGGCCACUUUAGAGAACAUUUAGUCCACACUGGAUCAAGAGACUAAAAGACUCCUUACAGAUAACUCUAGAAGAGGAAGCUGAAAAGCUGAUUAACAGUUUCAAACAUUUUGAGUUUGGGCAAAGAACUUGGUGAUUAAUAAAUAAAAGGUAAAGAGAAACAAAUGAAAAAGAAAUUUUAAAAAGUCACCCUUCCGUGAUUAAGAUCAUAGGUAUAUGCCACACAGCAGUGGCUUAAACUAGAAGAUGAAUUCUCUCCUAAAAUAAGUCCAGAAGCAGGCAGGCCAAGGCUCCUAGUAUCAGAACCUAGGCUGCUUCUUUUGUUUUUCUGCCAUCUCCAGCACCUGGCUUCUACCUCAAAGUCCAAGAACUCAUUACUUCCACAUUCCAGCAAGCAGAAAUAAGAAAAAGACAAAGAGUGAAACAAUCCCUCCUACAUUAUUUUAAGAUAGCUUACAGCAGGUCAUAAAUGUGCUAAAAUAUCCCACUGGCUAGGACUUAGUCACAUGGCUGCACCAAGCUGCCCGGGUUCUAUUGGUAUUUUUUUAAGGGGGUUUGGGAGAAAAAUGACUAUUGGGAAAUAGCCAGCGAUCUCUGCUACCACCCUCCAGCACUCUCUAUUCUCCCUAUUCUACUGUUUUUCCUUGUUUUAAUCCCUGAUAUAUUUUUCCUUCAUUUGUCUGCCUCCCCUAACCUGGAAGUUCCAAGGACACACAGACAUUGUGCUUUAUUCACCUGUGAACACCAGUUUCUAGAAAAGUGAUUCAGUCAGCAUAGAGGAAAUUUAAUUAAUACAGCUUGAAUGAGGAAAUGAAUUAUAAAUUCCAGCAUAGGGGAGGGAGGUCUGAGAAAAUUAAUUUAAACAUAAAGAUCCAGUCUGGGCACAGAUAUUGCUUUGUUUUGUAAAAUAAUCCUUUCCUCUGAAGGAAUGAUUCAAGUCAUUGCACAAGGCACAACUAACCCCCCUAGUGCUGAUAAUACAAGAAAUAUUAGAUUAAUGUUUGCAAUAAUGCAACUAUUAGCAAGAAUAACAUCAACAUAUAUGAUGUAAAUAAUGUAAAUUAGUGAUGUAAUCAAUUGAUUUUUUUUUUUUUUUUUUUUAGGGGAAACACUAUUAGAUGCAGAAAGGGAAAUUAGUUGGGGGGAGUGCUAUACUAGAGACGUAAAUUCUCUUCCUCCACAGAAAGAGUCAAAAGAUGCUAUCUAAACAGAAAAGAAAGGAAAAAAAAAAAAAUAAGAAACAGCGGAAUAUGCGUGUUAUUUUAAAAUACAGAAACAGGCGUUAGAAGAAACAGCUCGAAAUGUUAGAAGGUAGUUAUUCUGAUGAGCAGUAAUCAGGGAUAGGGAAGACUAGACCAGAGGUUUUGUUUAAGGGCUACAAAAUUUUGACAACGUAUGUUUAUCUUUGAAUUGUUCGUAUCUAGCUCGGUACCCCCAUUCCUCUGAGCUCGUGAAAAAUACAAUGUAAAUUAUUUGGAGCCUUACAGCUUCACGCUGUGAGUAGGGACGGGGAAGGAAAAUGCACUGAGAGAAGUGAUGGCUCCCUGGUCACACACUCGCGUUCCACACGCGCGCUUUUACCAAUUAACUGUAGCAAGUGCGCAAGGAGAUGAGGUGAUGGGCCCAGACAGGUGGUAUAGGAACGAGGAAGUCAACAUUCUGCUAAUUCUAAUAUCACUUCUGACGCUGAGGAAAAGAACGUUUUAGAGAGCAAACGGAGAGGGUCAGGGCUGACACCAAACGCUUCCGAAGCUCGGCGUGCGGAGGAGGCCCGGCUGACGGCGCGGCCAGCCCCACGCCCUUCCCCCUCAGGAGGAGGAGCCGACCCGCCCAGAGCCGGCCUCCCGCAGUAGUGCAGGCGCUGCUCCCUGCCAGUGAGGACGACACCAGAGGAGGAAUUUAAGGAAGAGUGUCGGCCGCUGCCCUUCUCAGCGCUCGAAGCCUCACCAUGCUUGCCUUCCGAAGGAGCCUGACUAGGGCCCUGGCCGCUCCAACGAUGGCGCCUCAGGUGUGUUCAUCUUUUGCUACAGGCCCCAGACAAUAUGAUGGAACAUUCUAUGAAUUCCGUACCUAUUAUCUUAAGCCCUCAAAGAUGAAUGAAUUCCUGGAAAAUGUUAAGAAAAACAUUCAUCUUCGGACAGCUCACUCUGAAUUGGUUGGAUGCUGGAGUGUAGAAUUUGGAGGCAGAAUGAAUAAAGUGUUUCAUAUCUGGAAGUAUGACAAUUUUGCUCAUCGAACUGAAGUUCAGAAAGCCUUGGCCAAAGACAAGGAAUGGCAACAACAAUUUCUCAUUCCAAAUUUGGCUCUUAUUGAUAAACAGGAGAGUGAAAUCACUUAUCUGGUGCCAUGGUGCAAAUUAGUAAAACCUCCAAAAGAAGUUUGAAAAUAAUUCCUAAAGAUUUGUCUUCUUCCUGAUUUCACUUCUUGCUGACUUAAAGAAAUUAUUACCUCAAUCCAGUUUUAACCAAAGGUCAGAUUAGAAAAAGCAUAAACUAAUUGAAAUGGUAUUUUAUUCCCCCCAUUAUUCCCAACUCUAUAGUGCAUUUUAGAUUAUAAGAGAUUGAAAAGUCUUAUUUAGAUCCUUAUCUGCCUAGAUCCCCCUCAGCUUUUGACACCAUCUAAAUGAGCUACUGGACUUCAAAGAUAAUAUCAAGUCUUUGUUCUCUUCCUCUGUGUCAUUCAUGAUUCUUCAGUAACUUGCAUGUUUUUCCUCUACUUCUCAAAUCUACUGGUCCUGUGGUUUCUUUUUGUCCAUCCACUCUAUACUUCUAUCCAAAGGUAAAAUGCUUUUCAAGAAUUUACCUGGAUAUUUAGGAAUAAUAAAAGCAUCUCCUUUAGGAUUCAUUUUCCCUCAAAAACUCUGAGGUUCAUCGUUUGCCUGCUCUUGCUGGUAGAAAUGCAAACCUAUAGGAGGCAAUUACAUAAAACAAAAAAGUGGUGAAAUUUGAAGAGUAGAGCUGUAAGAAAUGGGAAAAUACUCUUAUUCAUCUCUGUUAUGAAAGUGUAGAUGCAGGCAGCUAAAAAAGUCCUAUUCUGCUAUAAAUUCUCACUAUUUUAUUAAUAAAUUUUAUAGGUUAAAAAAUUUUAGAUAAUAACUUACCUGUAUCUUCUAGUCCCUUUUUCUUUGUUCUGUACAUUAAACUAAAACAACUCACCCUUAAACUAGAACAAAGACUUUCUAAACAUAAAAGCACAGAAAAACAGUGCAAAUUAUUAACAAAUGUCUACAUAAACAUGUGUACAUGUAUGAUCCUCCAAAUCUAUAUAUGUAGAUUAGCUUUUCACCAGAACCAAACUAGACAGGACUACAAACUGCUUGAAUGUCUUCUGUAAAAUAUUUUUCUCCCUAUUCUAGGAGUCUAUGAAUUGGCUACUUUUCAGAUGAAACCUGGUGGGCCAGCUCUGUGGGGUGACCCAUUUAAAAGGGCAGUUCAUACUCAUGUCAAUCAAGGCUACACAAAAUUAGUUGGAGUGUUCCAUGCAGAAUAUGGAGUACUCAACAGAGGUACAGUUGUCCGUCUCUUCUAUGAAAUUACAAAGUAUACUGUUGAUCUGCUGUUAAGCUCCUUGGGUCAGUUUGUUUCUGUUCUCAUUGUUGAGUGUAUUUUACUUUUUAUUGCCAAAUUAUUAGUUUUUUUGUAAUUUUAAGAGUUAAGUAAACCUGUUUUCAAUCUUAUAUAGAAUAUCAAUACCUUAUGAAGCCUUUUUCAAAUAUUGAACUGCUCUUUUCUCUAUCAAAAUGAUAAAAUUUUAAAAAACUGGAAAGAAUCUCAAGA